CGACGUGAAGAGUGUUAGGAAUGAAAAAUCAGGUAUCGCUGUCUGCACUAAUCAUGAACAAGAGUCAGUCUUCUCAUCCUCCACUACCUCCAGGCAGCUUGCUGACACAGCCGCCACUUCACCUCCCCUUCUAUCAACUUUUGGUCAUCAUCAAGAGCGUCGUUAUGUGCAUCGCCUCUUCGAUUGUGGUUCUUUGUCAUGGUCUUUGGCGUGCUGAGGUGUACUCUCGGGCCGCCAUUUCAUCAACAUUGCUUAUGGCCGGAGCCAGGCGACAAGAUUGAUUUACUGGGUCUUCUUGGGGACACCCUGCUGCUGAGCGCCAGCGUAGCGGUUAAUGUCGGUGAGGUCAGCAGCCUGCUUGAUGCC